AUGUCUCCCGCCAUCCUCAUAGCUGGUUCUACCAGCAAUACCGGCACAACUGUCGUCGAGACGCUCUCACAGCUUGUGGACACCAACAAGGCCUUCGCUGGUUAUAAGAUCCUCGCACUGACUCGCAAUAAGAAUGGCGCUACGCCGCGACGCUUUGCCAAGCUUCUACACGUCCAAGUCGUGGAGAAAAGCUACACAGAGGUCACGGCGGACUGGCUUCGUCAACACGAGGUCAAGAGGUCCUUUAUCGCAUCACAAGCCCCCCCACAUCAGUUCAGCGAGGAGUCCGAGUUCAAUGUUGCCCUCCUCAAGGCCGGCGUGGAAUACCACGUGCAAAUUGCGACGGCACCGAUGAAUAUGCGCAGAGACAACUCGGCCUACUACGCACGGUCGCAUUGGGCUGUCGAGCAGCAGCUCAACGCCCCUGAGUUCGAGAAGCUGAAAUGGACCUCAAUCCGCCCGAAUCUGUUCAUGACUGAUUAUCUAAAGAACGCAGUUGAGUUUGUCAAGAAGUUCCGCGAGACCGGGGAGCAGGGCAUGCUGAGACUGGCGAUUGCCGAAGACAUGCUGUUCCCCGUCAUCCACCCCGGUGACGUCGGCGUGGUUGCGGCGCAUCUCCUGAUGACCGAAAACCCUGCCUUUUACAACAGGGGCCAGUACACGCUGAAUGGACCGGAGAACACUAAUGGGGCGGAGACAUUGGAACUGGUCGGGCAGGCUAUUGGCACCAAAGUGAAAGAUGUCCGCUAUAAGGAUAUCUCCUCCCUGUUUCAUUCCACUAUUGAAUCGGCAGUCUCGUUUGGUUUCCCGAGGAAGCUCAUGUCCACUAUAUACACGAGCUUUGAUGGAGCAUGGCAAGGAGAAUGGAAUGACUGGCCUACCAGCGAACCGCUUGUCGAGCUGGGCAUACCUCUGUAA